AUGGGCGCAGGAGAGGAGGACGGUAGACGCCGAGCCUACCUCCCCAACGACUCCCGGACCCGGUAUGAGGCGAGCCUGGAGGCUGGAUUGGACGAUGGGCGGGACGCCGAGCCAUACCUUUCCGAGGCAGUGCGAUCGCGGCGGUCCCCGCCCGCAGAUGGGCGGCAGCAGCCUCCCCCCCACUGGGAGCCCCCUCCGCAGAAGACACCCAGGGAGGACUGGGUCUGCGGUCGGUGCCAGGCGCUCAACUUUGGCAGGCGCCAGGCCUGCUUUGUCUGCUCCUCCUCGCGCGAGGGCGUGCAGGCGGCAGGCGCCCGGGAGGUGAGGCAGCGUGCGUCGAGCACGCUGCGAGUCACCGGCCUGAGCCGGCACGUGGACGGGCCCGCCCUCCAAGCCGUGUUCCGGCCCGUUGCAGAGGUCAAGGAGGUGCGCAUCGUGCGAGGUCCAGGUGGGCCCACAGCUCCCGCCGACUCCGCCUUUGUGGUAUUCUCUAGUCACCAGGAGGCCAGCCAGGCGCUGGCUGCGGUGCAGACCCACACAGAGGCACUGGAGGCACAGUUUGGGCCGCUGACCAUCGAGUUUGCGGAGGAGGGACUGCGUGGGGGCGAGGCAGCGCAGGUGGAGCUUGGACCCAAUGGUGUCCUGGAGGGCACCAGCUGGGAGCCCGCCAGCUUUGAGGAGCAGGAGACCGGCGAUGCCGAGGCAGCUGCUGCUCCGGUUGCCGUGGAUUGCGAGCGCCCAGGGGAUGGGCCCGGCUCGUCAGCCGUCAUGGAAGCAAGGGGGCAUGGGUCCACCACCGAAGAAGCGAGCCAGGCUCCCUCAGCGGCGCCGGGGUUCGCGUACGACCCCGCCUCCGGCUACAUGUAUGAUCCCGGGUCGGGGUACUACUACGAUGCCAACUCCGGCAUGUACUGCCACCCCAGCCUGGGGGUGUGGGGCACCCUGGAUGGCGAGACCGGCGCCUUUGCGCCGUACCAGGAGCCUGGCUUGGCCAGCACGGGCGUGAGCUCCGCGGCGGAAGCCAGCCUGGCGGCCGCCCAUGAGACAAUAGAGCAGGAGCGGCGGCGAGCUGCGGUGAUCAUGCACCAAGACGCCUUCCCGGAGUGUCCCAGUUCCUACCCCGGCAUGGAACGGCACGAGUCGCCGGCAGCCGACUUUCAUGACAUCGCAAUGGCCGCGAAAGACAUGGGAACCCCCCAGCGCGUCGGUAAGUGGCAUAAAAAAGCGAUAUUAAUGUAA